UGACUUUAUAUAUUAGUAGUUAUAUGGGAACGAAGGAGACUUGUAUAUCGAUCUGAUACAAUAUGGUUCACAAGGCCAGCGUUGUUUACAUGAUUCUCAUAAUUAUAUUGCUAUUGUUUUCAUCCGAAAUAGUCUUUGCCAAUGCUUCUGAAAAUCCAAAACACUAUUAUACAGACAAGACGAUGAGUAGGUCGCGUCUGCUAAGGGAUUUUAUGAUGAUGCGUCGUCGUGUUCAAAAGGAGAUUCUUCUGGGAAAGCAAAUAGGGGUACCAAGACCCGGUAGGUCGCCUGGUCGUGAGCCAAAGCCAAUAACUAGUCACCUCCAGUGGCGAAGCUACGUGAGGGCGAGGAGUGGCGGCCACCCCUCCUUCACCGGAAAACAUGCCUUGGAGCAUUGGUUCAGCCAUUCCGCUCUCAUCGGAAUUCAUGGCACCUGUAAAAAUUGGGGAUUGAUUCGACAGAAGACGGAGGCUUCAGCGAAGGAGAGGGUUCAACGAAGAAGAGAGGUUUGUAGAACUAUUCGGGUUCGAAUUGAUGGAAAGGUUGGAGGAAAGGGUGGGUGGGUGUUUGACGGAGGAGAAAGGGACUAGAGGGUGAGAUUUGCAGCGAUGGCAAGAAGGUAGGAAGAUGAGAGGUUAUGUUUGGUCACAGGUUCAAUGGGAAACUUAGUGUUUGGUUACAAACGUUGAGAGAAAGUAUAGAUGACAUGUGUUUCAAGAUUAUUGGACCACAUAAGAAGUGAGUAAAAUUUGGGUACUCCCUUGUGAGUACCUGUCCUUUGUUUA